GAUGCGAUGAUCCUGUUUAUCAUUGCUGAGGGAACCCUGGUUAUUCCCAUCCUGGCCUUUGUUGCUUCCUUCUUUCUCUGGCCCUCGGCUCUCAUUAAAGUGUAUUACUGGUACUGGAGGACGACUCUGGGCCUACAGGUACGCUACGCUGACUGUGGCGGUUAUCGCUUCUGCUACUCCUACAGGGGAAAGCCUGGAAAGAGACCUUCCAUUUUAAUAUUGCAUGGCUUUUCUGCUCACAAAGACACGUGGCUCACUGUUGUCAAGUAUUUACCAAAACAUCUGCACAUUGUGUGUGUGGAUAUGCCUGGCCACGAGGGAACAAGACGCACCAAUAGAGAGGAUUAUUCCAUACAGGGACAGGCCAGAAGGAUCCAUCAGUUUGUGGAAACCAUUGGCUUGAACAGGAAACUCUUCUAUCUGCUGGGAAUCUCCAUGGGGGGAGUGUAGCUGGGGUUAGAAAUAUGUAGCAUGACUCUCAUUUGUCCAGCUGGUAUAAGGCAUCCACGUGAGGGCAAGUAUGGCAAGUUUCUGCAGGACCUGGAGCACAGCAAUUACACAUUAAACAACCCACUGAUCCCCACAACACCUGAAGAAAUGGAGGACAUGCUCAGACUUUGUUCCCAUGUUCGCUUUAAAAUCCCUCAACAGAUUCUUCAAGGGCUGAUAGAUGCUCGGCAGCCUCACAACACAUUUUACAAAGAAGUAUUCAUGGAGAUUGUUGGUCAAUCAAAAUACGCCCUACACCAGCACUUACAUCUGAUCACUGCACCUUUACAAGUGAUAUGGGGCAAACAAGAUCAGACAGCCGAACUCAUCCCUGGAGCUACAGUCAUCGCAGGGGUGUUUCCUGGGUGCAGGGUGGACCUGCUGGACAACUGUGGACAUGCUGUGGUGAUGGAGAGACCUUUACAGACAGCCGAACUCAUCUUGGACUUUAUCAUCAUGCAACAAGAUGCCAUGGGUGGUGCAAAGAAAUCUUCCUGAACAAAAGACGUUC